AUGACUAUGUACGCCUCAAGUGAUGACUGCAUCGUCAGCUACGGUGCCCCGGCGUCUGCUACGGUGCCCCAGCGUCUGCUACAGUGCCCCAGCGUCUGCUACGGUGCCUCGGCGUCUGCUACAGUGCCCCAGCGUCUGCAACGGUGCCUCAGCGUCUGCUACGGUGCCCCAGCGUCUGCCACAGUGCCCCAGCGUCUACUACGGUGCCCCAGCGUCUGCUACAGUGCCCCAGCGUCUGCUACGGUGCCCCAGCGUCUGCUACGGUGCCCCAUCGUCUGCUACAGUGCCCCAGUGUCUGCUACGGUGCCCCAGCGUCUGCUACGGUGCCCCAGUGUCUGCUACAGUGCCCCAACGUCUGCUACGGUGCCUCGGCGUCUGUUACAGUGCCUCGGCGUCUGCUACGGUGCCCCAGCGUCUGCUACGGUGCCCCAGCGUCUGCUACGGUGCCCCAGCGUCUGCUACGGUGCCCCAGCGUCUGCUACGGUGCCUCGGCGUCUGCUACAGUGCCCCAGCGUCUGCAACGGUGCCCCAGCGUCUGCUACGGUGCCCCAGCGUCUGCCACAGUGCCCCAGCGUCUACUACGGUGCCCCAGCGUCUGCUACAGUGCCCCAGCGUCUGCUACGGUGCCCCAGCGUCUGCUACGGUGCCCCAACGUCUGCUACAGUGCCCCAGUGUCUGCUACGGUGCCCCAGCGUCUGCUACGGUGCCCCAGUGUCUGCUACAGUGCCCCAGCGUCUGCUACGGUGCCCCAGAGUCUGCUACGGUGCCCCAGCGUCUUCUACGGUGCCCCAGCGUCUGCUACGGUGCCCCAGCGUCUGCUACGGUGCCCCAGCGUCUGCUACGGUGCCCCAGCGUCUGCUACGGUGCCCCAUCGUCUGCUACGGUGCCCCAGCGUCUGCUACGGUGCCCCAGCGUCUGCUACGGUGCCCCAGCGUCUGCUACGGUGCCCCAGCGUCUGCUACGGUGCCUCGGCGUCUGCUACAGUGCCCCAGCGUCUGCAACGGUGCCCCAGCGUCUGCUACGGUGCCCCAGCGUCUGCCACAGUGCCCCAGCGUCUACUACGGUGCCCCAGCGUCUGCUACAGUGCCCCAGCGUCUGCUACGGUGCCCCAGCGUCUGCGACGGUGCCCCAACGUCUGCUACAGUGCCCCAGUGUCUGCUACGGUGCCCCAGCGUCUGCUACGGUGCCCCAGUGUCUGCUACAGUGCCCCAGCGUCUGCUACGGUGCCCCAGAGUCUGCUACGGUGCCCCAGCGUCUUCUACGGUGCCCCAGCGUCUGCUACGGUGCCCCAGCGUCUGCUACGGUGCCCCAACGUCUGCUACGGUGCCCCAGCGUCUGCUACGGUGCCCCAACGUCUGCUACGGUGCCCCAGCGUCUGCUACGGUGCCCCAGCGUCUGCUACGGUGCCCCAGCGUCUGCUACGGUGCCCCAGUGUCUGCUACAGUGCCCCAGCGUCUGCUACGGUGCCCCAGAGUCUGCUACGGUGCCCCAACGUCUGCUACGGUGCCCCAGCGUCUGCUACGGUGCCCCAGCGUCUGCUACGGUGCCCCAGCGUCUGCUACGGUGCCCCAACGUCUGCUACGAUGCCCCAACGUUACAUUGUACUGA